GUGCAUCCACUGUGGAGUUGUCUUCACAACCCUUGCCAUGCUGAAAAUGCACAUCCAGGAGAAACACUGCGAAGUCUUCCACAAGUGUUCUUUUUGCCCUAUGGCCUUCAAGUCGGCCGAGAGCACCACAGCUCACAUGACCAGCCAGCACCCAGCAGAGCCUCACAAGCCUACUCAGCUGAUCUACAAAUGCUCUUGCGAGACGGUCUUCAACAAGAAGAGGCUGCUCCAAGAGCACUUCCAGCAGAACACCAAGAAAUUGCUGGUGGGGGUGUUUAAGUGCCCCCAGUGUCAGCUGGUGUACAUGCAGAAACAGCAGUUAAUGCAGCACGUUAAGGGUGUGCAUGGAAUCCCCCAAAACCCCGAGGAGCACUCAAAUUUCCGACAGAAGUCUGAGAAGGCGUCGAGGAACCAAGUUCAUGCUGCACCGAAGGAGCUGUCGGUAUCCAACGGGACUUCCCACUCCUCUCUGUCGAGGAAGGACAUGAGGGUGGAAAGACACAACCCGGAAUCCAAGUCCAGACUGAGAAGAAGUGGUUGGACUUGCAAGGAAUGUUCGCAGUGGAUCCCCGAUCGGGAAACCUUUGUGUCCCACAUGAAGAGAAAUCACGGAAGGUCAAUGAAGAGAUAUCCCUGUCGACAGUGUGAGCGCUCCUUUAACGCCUCCAACAGCCUGCGCAGACACAUCCGCAAUAAUCACGACACAGCAAAGAAAGUUUAUACUUGCUGGUACUGCACGGAUGAAUAUCAGACAUUUCCUCAGCCCUUCAUGCUGGAGAAUCACAUCAGCCUCAUGCACGGCAUCAAAAACCCUGACUUAUCCCAGAUGGCCAAAGCGAAAGCUCCAGAGAGAGACACGGCAGAAGCAAAAUCUCCAAAGAGGAUGGCAACGGAUGAGCUGGGUUGGGUGGAGACCACCACGUGUCCAGACGCGCCGCCGGCCAAAAAACUGAAAGCGCACUGGAAAUGCGCGAAAUGCAGCUUUGCGACGGACAUCAGCAGCGAGUUUCAGGAGCACAUACCUCGGCACAAGACAGACAGCUCCACCUACCAGUGCUCGUUCUGCGGCUUGUGCUACACCUCGUCCAUCUCACUGAACAGACACCUCUUCAUCGUUCAUAAAGUAAAAGACGAGGAGGACGAGGAAGAGGAGGAGGAGGAGGAGGAGGAAGAUGAAAGGCCGAAGCUGCGACGGGGGACAAAUGAGAACGGACACGAGGGGUAUAAUGGCGAGAUGAACACUACAGUGGGAGAAGAGAACCCCAAAUGCAAUGAGUGCAAAAGUGACUCGGCUCUUUGUGAACACAUUCAGACGUGUGGCAUGGAGGGUCCCUCGCAGAACAAUCAUUCGAAGUCUCUUAAGACUUAA